AUGGCGGAAGUGCGGAAGCGCGAAAAAUUGGAGGAUCAAGAAGGUCAGCCAGAAUCAUCAUCACCCGCAGCUGACGUGGUGAUGCCUCCGGUUGUUGAUUAUGGUAGUGCUGCAGCGUAUGCGAUUGAGUUACGGAAAUGGUUAUUCACGACUCAUUGCUGGGCAUUUUGUCAUCAGAUGGCAACCAUGCAUUCUUUAGCAUAUCUGGCAUCAUGUAACCACCCAGAGAACAUGGUACCUCCGAUACCAUUCGGUAUCACAUUACCACCACCAAAUGCAUCUCCACCAACUACUAAUCUAUCAAAUUCAAAUCAAUUCAUCCAGCGCCGUACGAUCCCGUCCUUUACACGACGUAUCCUUGCGGAAGUUAUCGAUUCUAUUUUUGCAUUUGUCGCAAAAUUGUUUAUUGUUUACUUCUUGGUGGAAAUUGGUAUUGUGGAUCUGGACAAAUACGACCGAUUAUUGGGUGAUGAUGCUGACUUGCAUACGUUGAUUGACGUAACUCAAGAAUUGUUCCCUAUUGAGAUGCUCGCAAAAUUUGUUGUUAGUAUUGUGGAGGCCUUAUUUGUAUCAUAUGGUUUUGGAUCAGUACCUGCUGGACAGACGCCGGGGAAAGUUGCAUUAAAUAUUCAAGUGAUUACCUGUUAUCAAGUGAUACCCAUAACAGGUACCGAGGAAGUGAAUAUCGUCCGGACGCUCGGUGUCCCGUUCAGAAAUUCCUUACUACGAUCGCUAACGAAGAACAUGCUUAUCAAUCUACUUUUUCCGCUCAGUGCAGCAGCAUAUGCAUUUACUUACAAUCGUGCUGGCUAUGAUAUUGCUGCUAGAACGAUCGUUGUUAAUGCGUGA